AUCGCGAGCACUUACGCUGACCGAGUAUCUCCUUCUUACGAAACUCAUCGUAAUGCUUAGCGUAGCUUGUAUUCGUUCGGAAUUCACCGUCAUCCGGCUCCGAUUCAUGGUCGGAUUCAUCAAACAGUUUAAUUUUAUCACCCAUUUUAGCUGAAAACUUUGGAACGAACGCAACACGCGAAGCGAACAACGUGCGCGACCAACGUGUGUUAUUUACACCUUUGUUAUGACUUCCACGCUGUCAUUAGUGUCAAACUACCCAGACCAGUGUUGCCAGACGCAUGAUCAUUGCAAAAGGUAAAUGUAAACAAAGGCCGACAUUCGUGAUUUUUGCACAAACUUGAAAACGUUUUGCUGAAACAACUCCCGGCUGAACAAACUACCAGCGACAAUGGCAGAUGAAUCGGAAGCGACCGGUAUCGAUAACAGUAACGAUAAGGAUUUGGCAGCAAACGUGGAAAACCUUUCCCUGGCGAACCAGAAGGUUGAAAAACAGGAAGCAAAGAAAAUUGAUAUUGUACUUCAUGCCACCGGUAGUGCUCCAAUUUUGAAGCAGAAGAAAUGGUCAGUCGAUCAGGAGAAGCCCAUCAGUGCGAUUGUUAAGUUUAUACACAAAUAUCUUAAGUUGGAUCCGGAGGAACGAUUGUUUCUCUACAUCAACCAAACGUUUGCACCGUCGCCGGAUCAGAUCAUCAAAAACUUGUACGAAUGCUACGGAACCAACGGCAAACUGAUUCUUCACUACGCCAAAACCCAAGCCUGGGGUUAGGGGAGAACGCCUUCCUGGCACAACUUCGAUUUCGGCUUCAUUCCGUCAUAUUACCUACCAAAAGCUUAGUUCAUAAUUCAUUUCUUGUAAGCUUAUACUGAACGGGAAUAAAAGUACACCAUAAUUCGCUUCGCUGCAGCACCA